GACUGUGGGUUCCCGUCGCUGUCGGGUCACCUCACGGACGAGCUCUCCUGGGGGCCGUGUCCCCGUGGGUUCGCCGCAAGCCCUCCGGAGUCUGCUCCGGUGUCAGGAAAAGCCGCGGUUUUUCGGAGCCGUUUGACUUGGCUUUUCAGAACUGUGCUGCCGGAGACCGUUGGUUUGCAAAAAUCACCACCCGUGUCAUGGAUUUUAUCUUAUUGUGUAGAUCAGAUUUCCUUAUUCUGGAUAUCAUGGUAACAAUAUAGGAAAUAUGCAUUAUUUCUGCAAGUAGAAUUCACUGCUGAAGGAAGAAAUUUUUUAAGCUACAGCCAAAUUCAUUUUGGUACCUUUUAUGGAAAUCCUGAUUUUGUUUUUACUUUUUUAUAACCUUUCGCAAAAGGUAUGAACAAGCAAAGAGCACAUCUCAUUAGGCAAGUCCACAUUAAUAAGAAUGCCUAGAAGAGGAUUGAUUCUUCAGACCCGGACCCACUGGCUACUGUUGGGUCUCGCUUUACUCUGCAGUUUAAUAUUAUUUUUGUACCUUCUGGAAUGUGCCCCCCAGACUGAUGGAAAUGCAUCUCUUCCCGGUAUCGUUGGGGAAAAUUAUGGUAAAGAGUAUUAUCAAGCCCUCCUACAGGAGCAGGAAGAACAUUAUCAAACCAGAGCAACCAGUCUGAAACGCCAGAUUGCCCAAUUAAAACAAGAAUUGCAAGAAAUGAGUGAGAAGAUGAGAUCACUGCAGGAGAGAAAGAAUGUAGGGGCUAAUGGCAUAGGCUAUCAAGGCAACAAAGAGCAAGCACCUAGUGAUCUUUUAGAGUUUCUUCAUUCACAAAUUGACAAAGCUGAAGUUAGCAUAGGAGCCAAACUACCUAGUGAGUAUGGAGUCAUUCCCUUUGAAAGUUUUACCUUAAUGAAAGUAUUCCAGUUGGAAAUGGGUCUCACUCGCCAUCCUGAGGAAAAACCAGUUAGAAAAGAUAAGCGAGAUGAAUUGGUAGAAGUUAUUGAAGCUGGCUUGGAGGUCAUUAAUAAUCCUGAUGAAGACGAUGAACAGGAAGAUGAGGAUGGUCCCCUUGGAGAAAAACUGGUAUUUAAUGAAAAUGACUUCAUAGAAGGUUAUUAUCGCACUGAGAGAGAUAAGGGCACACUGUAUGAACUCUUUUUUAAGAAAGCAGACCUUACGGAAUAUAGACACGUGACUCUCUUCCGCCCUUUUGGACCUCUCAUGAAAGUGAAGAGCGAGAUGAUUGACAUUACUAGAUCAAUUAUUAAUAUCAUUGUGCCGCUUGCUGAAAGAACUGAAGCAUUUGCACAGUUUAUGCAGAACUUCAGGGAUGUAUGUAUUCAUCAGGACAAGAGAAUUCAUCUCACAGUGGUGUAUUUUGGUAAAGAAGGACUAUCUAAAGUCAAGUCUAUCCUAGAAUCUGUCACAAGUGAGUCUAAUUUUCACAAUUACACCUUGGUCUCAUUGAAUGAAGAAUUUAAUCGUGGACGAGGACUAAAUGUGGGUGCCCGAGCUUGGGACAAGGGAGAGGUCUUGAUGUUUUUCUGCGAUGUUGAUAUAUAUUUCUCAGCCGAAUUCCUUAACAGCUGCCGGUUAAAUGCUGAGCCAGGUAAGAAGGUGUUUUACCCUGUGGUGUUUAGUCUUUACAACCCUGCCAUUGUUUAUGCAAAUCUGGAUGUGCCCCCGCCUGUGGAACAGCAGCUGGUUCACAAAAAGGAUUCUGGCUUUUGGCGAGAUUUUGGCUUUGGAAUGACUUGUCAGUAUCGAUCAGAUUUCCUGACCAUUGGUGGAUUUGAUAUGGAAGUAAAAGGUUGGGGUGGAGAAGAUGUUCAUCUUUAUCGAAAAUACUUACAUGGUGACCUGAUUGUGAUUCGGACUCCGGUUCCUGGUCUUUUCCACCUCUGGCACGAGAAACGCUGUGCUGAUGAGUUGACACCCGAGCAGUACCGCAUGUGCAUCCAGUCCAAAGCCAUGAACGAGGCCUCUCACUCGCACCUGGGAAUGCUGGUCUUCAGGGAGGAGAUAGAGACGCAUCUUCACAAACAGGCAUACAGGACAAAUAGCGAAUCUGUUGGUUAAUGUCAUCAGUGACACAUUAGUCUGAACCACAAACCAGCACUAUUUAGCCUUAAUUCCAAUUCCAGAUGCAGUGCCUCUUUCAGAGAAGACAUGCUUAUCUUUUGUGUUCUUGCUGACAUUACUUUAGCAAUUUAACUUAGUGUGAGAAGAAAAAGCAAGUUUUGCAAUGCAAAGUCUCUGUUUUGUGAGUAUACUUCACUAUGGAAUCAUUGACAAAUCAAAAUCUGGUAUUUGUUCUAAGAGUAGCUUUGAGUUAAUUUUACCCGGCUUCAUGUUCUGAUGUGUAUCCUGGUUGCGUCUGGGCUGAGGGAUGGAAUGUGUUGUGCUGAAGGUGGGUCGGGAGCAUCCUGUUCCCAAAGAGAGGACGGAGUGUUAUGGAUGGAGUGUGUGGAUAAGGGCUCUUCACCUACCGACCACUGAGUCAACCUACUUGGUUUUAAAUUAAGAUCUUUGGGCAGUUGCUUAAAGGAUCCUUUUUCACUGAAGCAGAGAAUAAUUAAAUGACACAUCUAAAAUCCCCAACUAAUCAAGAGAAGGCAGAGACAAAAAUCCCUCAACUUUGUGUUGUUGCCUAGCCCCCUCAAUGUCUGUUUUUAAACAAAUGGGUAAUUGUAGAAAAUACUAAGGUUAUAAUCUGUGGCUUGAUUAAAAAUAUAAUGUGUUACAAAUUUAGCAUCAUGUUCAGGAUUAGGAGUCAAAGUUGCUGUAGACUGUUUUGAACAAACAGAAAUGAACAUGGAAACGUCUUUAACAGAACAGUUAAUUAUGCUGGAGUGUAGGACACUAGGGGUGUCUGGGACAUCAGUUUACAUGAGCCAGGGCCCUAUCAGGGCCUUCUUGUGGUGGUUCAGAAUAGAUGAACAUAGCAUGGUGUCGUGUGUUUUUGGCUUUGUAUUGUCUUAUUUAGCAUGGAUCCAUAUGUAUGUAUUAUCCUUUUUUUCUAAUAUGUUAAUUAAGCUACAUCUGUGUUAUUAUAAUACUUUGAGUUGAGGAGGAGUUUCACUGAAGGAAGAAAAACCAAACAAUUUAAUAAGGUAUACCAUAAGAUCAUACUGAUUUGAGAAAAGGGGAGGAGGGGAAGGUUGUCUAAAUGGAAAUCUGAAUUACAGAAUAUUUUAGAGAAAUAUAUAACUUGCAGAUAGAAUGAUGUUUUAAUUGAGGUGUAAAUUAUAUUAAGGAGACAAGAUGAGUAAGAAAUUAUAUUCAGAUAUGACUGUACUGUGUUAUUUAUCACACAUGGAUCUUUUACCAUAUGGUCAAUUGGUAGAUCCACAAAUUGGAGAUAUGGUGAAAGGCAUGCAUAGAUUUUUGAACCUUUGGCUUUUAAAAGGGACCUAUAUUGAAUUCUUUCUAUUUGUAUAGAAACCCCUGAAAAUUCAUAGAAGACAAAUCAUUACUCUUCUUUCUCAGUAAAUCAUAUCAUCUGAAAUAUUAUAAAUCCCAAAUUUCUUGGUGCUACAUGAAUUCAAUUUUAUAAUAACUCUUACUAAAUAUUCUUACAAGUUUUUAGUUGGGGUAGCAUUUAGGCUUAGUUUUUUAAGAUGUGUAAAAUGUUCUCUGCAAAAUUGUUCAGGCCAUUUUCUCCUUUUAUAUACAGUUAUUUAUUGUGAAGACCAGUGAAUUAAGGUAUUUAAAGUGAGAGAACCUAAUUAUUUACAAAAGUGAGUUGUAGCUGGUUUUUUGACAGAAUCAAAUGAUUUUUUUCCUUUUUUAAAAAAAAAAAGCUUUUCAUUUAAAGAUGGAAGCUAAGCAAUGGAAACGUUACUGUUUUUGACAGUAAAAGGUACCAAUAAAGUAUUUUAUUACCGAAAGUUAAAUGAAAAUGUGAUAAGUUAGUUUCUUUCUGUUGUAAAAUAUCAUAAAUACAGAAGUGUAUGACAUGUAAAUGUGUACUUUAAAGAAUAAUAAAGCCAACGCUAGUGCACCAGCUAUUCAGAUUAGGAUAUAGAACAUUACCAGUGAAAAGUCUCUGUGUGCCCUUUCUCGAUCACAUACCCUCACCUCACUCUCUCCAUAAUAGUCACUAUCCUGAUUUUUGUGAUAGUUUUUCACUCAUUUUUCUUCACAGUUUUCCCAACUAUGUAUGUAUCUCUACCCAAUGACUAUUUUGCCUGUUUUGAAUUUGUAUGCAUAUUAUUUCAUUAUACUCUAACUUUCAGUAUUUUGUUUUUGAGGUUCACUCAUGUUAAUCUCAAAAUUAAUUCAUUUUCAUUACUGACUAGUAUUCCACUGAAUGAAAAUACUGUAGUAUUAUUCUACUGUUGAUAGAUAUUUGGAUCAUUCAUCAUUUUUUUUUUGUUUGCUUAUUUGCUUUUGCUAUCACAAGCAAUGUUGUCAUGAAUACUGCUGUGCGUGUCUCUUAGGAGUGUGUGAGAAUUUCUCUAGGAGUAAUGAUGCUAAGUCAUCGGUUGUGUGUACGUUCAACUUACUUUCCGAAGUGGACCACCUCCAGCACUGUAAGAGAUUCACUUUGCAUCCUUGGCAAUACUUAAUUUUGUCAGGCUUAUUAAUUCUUGCUAAUCUAGUGGGCUUUAGGCAUGAAUUGUAAUUAUAAUUUUCAUUUCCAGUCUUUUUGCCCAUUAUUAUAAGUUCAUAGGAAUUCUUCACAUAUUCUGGGUACCAAUUCUUGUUGGUUAAAUGUUUACAAGUAACUUCUCCCAGGAUGUGGCUUGUCUUUUCCCAUUGUUGAUGGUACUUUUUGAUGAAUAAAAAUUAACUUUAAUGUGUUCAAUUAAUCUUUUUCCUUUAUGUUUUCUUUUUAUUACUGAUUUAUGACCUCAUAAUAGAGAAGGGUAUCCUAAAGCUAUUGUUCUGUAUUAUCUUCUAAAUACCUCAUACGUAGCUUUGCUUUUUCCCAGUCAUAAAAGUGGAAGAGGUUUUAUGUAUUAUGUGACGUAAGGAUUGCAUUUCACUUUUUUCCAGCGUCGCCUUACUAUGAAGUCCAUAUUUUGCCCACAGAUCUGCAAAACCACUCUCAUCCAUCAGAUGUCAUACACACACAGGAUUUGUUGUGCAGUGUUGACUGGAGUGAUAGUAGAGGACUUCCUGCCCAUAUUUCUUAUUUCAAGGGAGACAUUCUCAGUGUUUCAUCAGUUUGCCCCUGAAACGUGUGUGUAAAGUGAAAGGUGGUAACCCUGUCAUCCCGUGGCGUUAGGAGCUGCACACUGCGCUGGUCGCUGGCCACACAGCUACACGCCAAGAGGCUUCUACACAGAAAGAGCUGAGGCCUUAGUGCGUGAGACGGAUGCCGACAGUAUGUGGUGUGGAUGGUGGGGCAAGGCCGGAGGAGCACGAGCGCCACUCACUCGUGCUCAGAGAUGUAAGGAGGCUCAGAGAACAUGUGUGGGAGAAUGGGGUGGCAGGUGUACUGGAGAAGGUGCACGUGCACAGCAUGUGAGUCUAGUGCCCGAGCAGCAGCGUGCCCCUGGGAGAGGUGGGCAGGAGCCAUGUCCUGCAGAACCCUACCCACCAGGAGAGCUUCUCCAACUUGCCUGGGCUCCCCGCUCCCAUGUUUCCCAUUCAGCAGGUCUGCGCAGGGGCCCUGAGAACAUCUCAGACAAGUUCCCAGUGUUGCUGCUGCUGCCAGGCUGGGACCCACACCUUGAGAAGCACUGCCUGGAGGGACCACCCAUGGGUGAAGGACAGGGCCGUGCCAAGCCAAGCCAGCUCGCGUCCUGCUCCCAGCUCCGCAUCCAAGAUGCAGACCAGAUGAUGUGCUGCUCCUUCUUCAGCUGAGUGCUCCUGAGCGUGACCCAUUGAAACGGAAGGAGAACCGCGCAGCAGAAAGACGUCGGCAGGCACUCCCCAAUGUCCCCAGCCCCCGGAGAGACCCACAGCACCCGUGGACACUGAAGGUUCUUGUUAGUCCCUACAGUAAAGGAACCUUGAGAGUCGUUUAAGGUAGGCUUCCUGAACUGACAUGACCAUGUAAUUCCAGCUGCUAGUGAUAUCCUUCUGGAUCUUUCUUUGAGGAAAGCAGCAGAGACCAUGCCUCUUAUACAGCUUUUUGUUUUGUUUUGCAAUGUUUAUUUGCAAAGCCCUUUGUCAGAAUGUGGAGGUGAGAGCUGCUUGCUCCAUCUCUGAAAGGCCCGUGGUGGCCCUGGCAGUCUCGUCCUCCCCCCCUGGCCUGGGCAUCCCCACGCCUCCUGCCAACACAGAACCACGCACAGAGAACAGGCACACGAGGGGAGCAACAUGUUCUUUUAUUGAUGCAAGUACGUCCAGUCACACCAACAGUUGACAUCCUUUAUUAUUAUAAAGUACAGCUUUAUACGCAGAGUUCAUCUCGAAAUAUCAAAACAUCAUAGGGUAUGUGUCAAAUUGGGAAAAUAAAGUAGCAAAUGUAGCACUGUGUCAGGUCGGUACUAGAACUGAUGACCAAGUGAAGCGCACACUGAUGUGAAAGCUCCUUAACACAUGGACAGAAAAGGUUCUAACAUUGUAUUCCAAAUAUAUAUUCUCAAGUUUUAAACCUUUCUUUAUCUCAAAUACAUAAACAAAGCAAUAUGUACUGUCAAUAUACAAUAUGUACUAUCUAGAACGUCUGGAAAGUGCAAAAACACUGUGACAAUACAGUGUAAAUAUCCUUGCUCCACCCUGGGCUGAGGGCGACAUCAGCAGCGGAUCAUGGAGCCACCUCCCCCUGAGGCCUCGCCUUCACAUCUCCAGGCUCUCCUAGGAGUUUUGGGAAUUAGCAACUAACUGUCCUUACCCAGGCCUGCCAGCUGGAGGCUCCGGCGGAAGCCAGCCAUGUGGAGAGAAACAGGGUGAGUAGUUCCAAAUCUGCUUGGAUGGAAUGACAGCCCCGCCAUGAGGGAGAUACAGUUAGCAUGGAUUGCCCAUUUCUGGCCUUGGAGGGAGCAGGGCUGUCACUGUCUCAUGGCCGGGAAGUCAGAAAAUGGAGAGUACUCCUCGAGUUCGGGUGUGGAAAAUACCUCCAAAUGUUGGGCAGCUUUAUGUGAGUGGGCUCCAGCAGGUACUGGCCUGGCUAACCUUCCAUGUUUCACAGUCCGUUAGGGGAGCCCAAUCCCCCACCCAGAGGGAAGGAGGAUACUGAUUUGUAAGUUGCUUCUUUUGACUUUGUACUUGAGUUUCAAGAUGGCUUUAUACGUCCCCAUCCUUAAUUGUACUUUGUAUUCGCUUCAUUACAGCUAAGUAAGUGUGUCAAAGUUACAGCCUGGAAAACGGACAAUUCCAUGACUCCCUCCUUACGUUAUUUUAGAUUUUCUCUUUUCCUAAAAUGUAGGUGAAGAACAAUUUGCCAGACAUCUUCCAACAGAAAAUAUGCUGCCAGGUGUCCCCCUGCCCUCCCCCCAACCCCCAUAAAUCCCUGAUAAAGGAAAAUGAAAAUGUAAACUUUGGAAAGCCCGUAUUCAAGGUUCACUUCUGGAAGUACGCAAAUGAGACCUCCGGGCCACCCGAGCCCUUCUUGCCAGAACCUUGUGGGCCUGCGCUUUGAGGGCAGAGCUUCCCCGGUGCCUCCAGCGGCACUGGCUGCAGGCGAGAGCGGGCCUGCCAGAACCCUCUAAGGCACUCACCCCGACAUCAGACACACUGGCUGGAAAGGAGGCAGGGCUCACGUUGGUUUUGGUUGGGUUUUUUUUAAGUAUUUUUUUGUAAGAUGUUUGUUAAUAAUCAAAAGUAGAAAAUAAAAAUCUACAUUUCAUUAGAAUAAGAUGUUAUCAUGGAUGCCAUCUCCCAUGAUACGCUUUCCCCACCCCUCCCCAAAGCAGGGCCCUGCCCUGUCAUAAACAAAAAGCUUGAAGUGCCAAAGGUUGAUGCAUGAAAUAAUUACUUCUUUUUUUUCAUAAAAGUUAUGUACAAAAUGGACCCCAACCAGUGAGGCCUCAUCUCAGCCCAUUAUCACUCAAGAUUAAAACUCAGUACGUAGGUGUGCUUAAUCCCAGCGUCUGCAGGCUGCAUCCGUGCCUUCAGGCUCUGUUAAGGAGAGUGGUCCUAAAGACUCUGGUAUGGGGCUGGUCUUGGGGGCUCACCGGACUGCUGCUGGAGUUCUCCUACCUGAGGGUCUUCCAGCUGUCCUUUUCCAUGUGGUUCUCGGGACCUUCACUUUCGAAGGAGGCGAUGAAGAGAGCUGAGAGACGAGAAGCCCCGCAGAAGUCAUGUCCACACCCGACACCUCCCAAACCUGACCAGCUCCACAAGACACACACUUGCAAAAACUGGAUUCUCUGAUCAAAUACAUCUGGUCAAGGCUGUAGACUCGCCUCAGCCCCUGGGCCCCCCAGACGGUCCAAGACCAUGGAAGUCGAACAAGAAAAGGCCAGUCUCUGCUUGGUCGGCACUGCCCAACCUGGGGCUGUCGGCCUGCUUUUGCCGACAAACUCCUUGCUGAUCUUUCCCCCAAGCUUUGCUUUAGGCGAUGCCAGUUCUGACUCAAGGCCCAAGGGCCGAGGAGAGCAUGGGCUACCUGCCUUCUGGGGGCGCCGCGGCCAGGUCAGCGGACACACCCAACAUCAGACGGCACUCGGGGCAGCAGGCCCUCAGCAAGGGGCCAGAGCGUGAUGGGACGCCCAGCCCUCCUCAGGCUGACUCGGGACAAGACAGGGUGCCUACCUCUAAGACGUCGAACUUGGCCGUCUUGACUUUGGACCAGGUUUUCUUCAGCCUUGCCACAGGACUGAGGUUCAUGCCAGCUGCAGGGGGGGCGACAGCUAGGGUCAGGGCGGGAGGAGAUGGGCCACACCGUGCUGGAGGGGGAGCCCCUGGGGCCCGCACACUCACAGAUGAUGGCCAUCAUGGAGUUGAAGUUCCCGAUGUUGAAGCACUCUCGGGCCACAUCGAUGAAGAACUCCAGCAUGCGAGUCCGAUGCUUCUUCUUCACCACCUGGAGGGCAGCCAGACUGCUCAGCGCGGUCCCCACCAGGGGUCAUCCCCUACCACACCAGCCCCCAAAGUGCAGUGCCCUGGGCCUACGGAGGGGCCUCCCCAGCAGGGAGCUGCCCUGGGCCCUCAGAGCUGUCAGGCCGGGGGUGGAGGGAUUCUCGCAGGCUGCAGAGGCAGGAAAUGCAGCCGUGGCAUUUUCGAUGCUGGGCAGAGAGGCGGGAGGGUAGUCUGAGAGGACCAAGGGAGACCCAGAUGAGCUGACAGGCCAUGCUGGGCACAGGCUGCCUCCCCGGAUGGGUGUCUGUUGUAAUUUAAGGCAUUACUGUUGGGGGUUGGCGCUCCCAAGGCCCUGGCAAUAAAAACUUCCUAUCUCCA